AUACAGGAGAUUCAGUUGUUAAGCCCAGGCGCCAGCGUAUACUACUGCUGCUGCUGCUAAACUCCGUUGACCGCCGUGUGUUCUAACUGUGUUGUGCCGUGCCGCUCAUGAUGACGUGGCGCGGACGCUUGAUUACGCUGCAGUUGCUGCCGGCGGCGGCGUUUCUGUACCUUCUGGCCCUUCCUUGCUGCUGCAGCGGCGUUGAUGCUGUCAACGAUCCGAAUGCCAUUCUUACGGCCAGCUUAGCAUGUCGGGAGGCCGGAAAUGGGACGGCGACGGCACACGAGAGCGUACUGCUCACCGCCUAUCGGCCCCUGUUCGAGAGUGUCCGGAAGCGCGACUAUCUGGACGCGCAGAGCCAGAAGCUGCACACACUCCAGGAGUACCUAGAUGACCGUGCACCGUACGUGAGCGUCGGGAUGGAUCCGACCGUCGGUAUUCCAUACGGGACGGAAGCGUGCGUGCCCGAGCUGAACCGACACUUCCGGCGUCUGGUCCUGCUGCGUGUGACCGACCACCACGAGGAUCUGCGAGGCGGUGCUUACCGGCGGCUGGAGAUAUGCGUGCGCACGCAGGAGGACAGCUAUGACGAUGCGGUAAACUUACUCCAGGCCACGCUCGUGCUCGGCGCUGGUCAUACUUCGCCAUAAACCAAUAAAAGGCAAGCGACUAUGA